AUGUCGGACAUUCAUGACCAGGAGGGAAAUGGUCUCCCCGACGAAAAGGUUGCUAUGGAACCUCCAUCUGAAGCGAAUGAGGAAGGAAAUGACGAGUCUCAAUACCCACAAGGGCUGAAACUAGCCGUCAUCAUCCUUUCCAACAUGAUAGCCAUGUUCCUUGUUGCCUUGGACCGAACCAUCAUCACCACGGCGAUUCCUCGCAUUACGGAUGGUUUCCAUUCACUGAACGAUGUCAGCUGGUAUGCGAGCGCAUAUCUGAUUACUAGCUGCGCUACGCAACUCCUUUGGGGCCGUAUCUUCACCUUCUACUCAACGAAAGCAAUUUAUCUCAUCGCAAUCUUUCUCUUCGAACUGGGCUCGCUCCUCUGCGGUGUCGCCCCCAACUCAGUCGCCUUCAUCAUCGGCCGUGCCAUCGCUGGUGCGGGCUCAGCAGGCAUCUACUCCGGAAGCACUAUUCUCAUUACGAGUAUCACUCCUCUGCACAGCCGAGCUGGUCUCCCUGUUGGAGGCGUCGCAGUUACUGCUCUCCUUGCUCUCUUCCCGAAACUUUCUCCGAAAGAGUCAGCUCCGCUCAAGCGACAAAUCAGACAACUUGAUCCCCUUGGAAAUCUUGUCUUCCUGCCUGGCGUCAUUUGCUUGAUUCUCGCACUACAAUGGGGCGGAGAGAAAUACACCUGGAACAGCGGACGCAUCAUCGCUCUCUUGGUUCUUGCUGGUGUUCUCCUCAUAAUAUUUGUCAGUGUUCAGAUCUGGCAGCGGGAGAAUGCCACAGUGCCGCCUCGUCUUUUCACGAUCCGCAACAUCUGGCUCGGAGCAGUCUUCUCAUUUUGCCUCGGAGCUGUCCUCAUUGUUUUCUUGGUCGCUUUGCCGAUCUGGUUCCAGGGCAUCAGAGGCACCGACGCCGUCACCUCUGGCAUCGACACCCUUCCUCUCGUCCUUGCUCUCGUCUUCGGGGCAAUGGUAUCCGGUGCUAUGAUCAACGGAAUUGGAUGGUUCAACCCCGUGUUCUUCUCCUCGGUCAUCUUCAUGUCUGUAGGUGGAGGACUAAUCUCAACAUUUGGUGUUCACACACCAACGCACACCUGGAUUGGAUACCAGAUCAUUCUUGGUCUCGGUAUUGGCCAGGGUAUGCAACUCGCAAGUCUUGGGGCACAGGUCUCACUGGAGCAGAAGGACGUGCCCACAGGCGUUUCGCUGAUGUUCUUUGCUCAGUCACUAGGUGGCUCGGUACUGGUGUGCGUUGGUCAGGCUGUCUUCAAUGAGUCAUUAACUUCUCGACUCAGCCAGUUUCCUGACUUGGAUGUUUCCAGACUUGCUGGUCAGGGUGUCACACAUUUGCGGGAUAUCAUCCCCACGGAUAUUCUGGAAGCUGUCCUUGGUGAAUAUAACGCAGCGCUCAGAAACUACUUCUAUGUUGGGCUGGCGGUAGCAUGCUUUGCUGUUGUGCCUUCUUUGGGUAUAGAGUGGAGUAGUGUCAAGGGGAAGACUGGUCAUUGA